UUUAGGCACAGGCUCGGGUUUAGAUCCGGCGCUACACCAGUAGUGCCAAAAAAUAGAAGAAAAAGCGUGAAAAUGAAUAUUUUACGCGUCUUCUCCACCUCUCUGUGUGAGUUUCAUACACAGCCCAAUGAAGCCAUCGAAGAGCAAGAACAACGUCCUGUUUUCUAGUCUGGUUUGCUUAUACAUUGUGAGCAUUUUGUUUGCGCAUGGAGCUUUGGGCAUCAGAUUUCCCAAUCAGAUCUCUCAGGUCCCCAAGGACUCGCCCAAUCUACCCCUGAAAAGUGCUGUUUUCGCUCUCGGAAGCUUCUGGAGAUCCGAAGCCGUGUUUGGAUGCUUGGAUGGCGUUGUCCGGACAACCGCCGGUUACGCUGGUGGAUCUAAAAUCAAUCCCGCGUACCGAAGCUUGGGCGAUCACGCCGAGUCUGUACAGAUUGAAUAUGAUCCUAGGCUGAUUAAUUUUAGGCAACUUUUGGAGGUGUUCUGGUCCAGUCAUGACUGUAGACAAGUAUUUGGGCAAGGUCCUGAUGUGGGGAACCAGUACAGGUCUAUCAUCUUCACAAAUGGAACUGAAGAAUCCAGGCUGGCUGCAGUCAGCAAAGAAAGAGAACAAACUAAGUCAAAGAGCAGUAUUGUAACUACACAAAUUCUACCACUUGGCACAUUUUAUCCUGCAGAACCUGAACAUCAGAAAUUUGAGCUCAAACGAAAUCCAUUCUUCCUUCAGCUGAUUGGGAAUGUGCCAGAAGAGAAGCUUGAGAGUUCGAGCCCGGCAGCAAAACUAAACAGUUAUGCAGCAGAGCUUUGUCCAACCAAGAUUCAACAGCAGAUUGAUUCAAAGAUCAAUGACAUUAUUAGAAAAGGUUGGCCCAUUUUAAGAGAAUUAUAGAUACACAAUUUACUUUUCUCAAGCUGACAAGAUUUAGGAAGAGGUUAAAUUGGAGUAGACUUCAGUUACAAUUUGCCUAAGCUGACAAGAUUCAUUGACGUAUCCAUGGGUUUCCUUCUUGGAUAUGCGUUGCAGAGAAUUGUAAGCCGUAGGGUAGAGGAGCUGAAAGUUCUUGAUUUUAAAUCAAUCCGAGUAGCUGAAAGUCCUUCAUUAAGGGUUUCACUGUUUCGGGUAUGUCGGGUCUUUGAACCUCGAAUCACUUGUGAAUUGUUUUCAUGAUUUUAUGCAAUUCUUUUGUAGGAUCAGAAGGAAAAUUGUUUCUCUUAGACAUAUUGGCCAUUUGAUUUGAAUAUCAAGAAAUGUGAGGUAUAUCAGUUACCUUCUAUAUACUUUGUCUAA